AUGGGCAGCCUUGGAGGCGGCGAGUUGCAGCCGCGGCUGGCCGCCUACCCUUUGCGUCUGCCUCGUGCAGCACGACCCAAGCUACCUUGGUUCAAAACGGCUGACACGUUUCUAAACAGCGUCGUCGUAACUCGAGACUCUCAGUCAAAUUUGAAAAGUCCCACUGAAGAAUGUGAUGAUGGACAACAGGAACCCAUUAGUGUCCUUACUGAGCCUCAAGAAAAUGAAGAAGAAAAUACUGAAGACAUGGAUUAUGAUAGCAUUGCUAAGAGCACAGUAAAAGCAACUGGAACAUCGGCGCAAGAGAACCAAUUUGCGACGCCAGGUGCAAAGAAAAGACGCAUUUCAAAAUUUUCCAAAGUUGAAAGUGCAAUUAACAAAUUACAAAAAAUUGCAAUGGAUAGACCACCAUCUUCAAAAAAAGUUGUGGACGAGUACGAACUGUUUGGCCAACAUAUUGCUGGCCAAUUGAGAACACUUCCUGCCAGAAGCUCUGCAAUCUUGCAAGAAAAGUUCCAGAGCCUUAUCACCAAUGAGAAGCUAAAAUACUUGCCACCAGAUUCACUAGUUACUUCUGCAUCACCAUAUGGAAGUACUUCUUCUCAUGUGUCAGAUGAAGAGGAAGACCUCUCCAAUUUGGACUCAGCCCUAUUCACAGUUGAUGAUAUGCUACACAGAAAACUUCAGUAACUUCUCCAGCAAUAAAGAAUAACUGGCAGCAGUCGACGCGAGCAUACUGGGAGCAGAGCACCACGAGGGCAGAGAUGUUUAUGGCCCUGUCCUCUCCUUUACAUCUUGGGUUAUGUUGUCACUGUUGUGUGAUUCCAUCUUUCUGGUUCAACUGCAGUGCAAAGUUGAGUACAUUUCUAUGUCAUUUCCUGUCUCGUGGAUCUCUCGUAUUGCUUUGAAUCCUUGGUCUGCUCGCGUCUAUCGCUAAUUCACACACAAUAUUGA